AUGAGCGAUCCUUACCCGCAUUCUCAAUCUUAUCGUCGCCUGAACCAACCUUUCACAUCGUCAUCGUCGUACGCUUCGGUCGCUGCUGGCGCGGGCUCCCACUCGUCGACCGCCCGUUUCGGCGCCCUCUCACACCUUCUCCACCCUGAAGACGACCCUCCUACCCGCAGCAACAUGGCCUCAACCAAGUCUCAAGACUUGUGGUCUACCAGACCUUAUCUCUCCACCAAGGUCCCUGACCAGGACUCCCCGCCAUCGCCCCCGCUAUUCAUUCGCCCUUCCUACCUUCGCAACUCGCGUCACCUCGAGAGGCUCGAAAAACACCACAACCUAGAACUCGCAGACUUUGAAGAAUUGCGACGACAUCCCCAGGCUGCCUCGUCGUCUCAGGAUCUCUCUGCCAACAUCGGCAGUGCCACAAUUCACAGAUCGAGGAAGGAUAUCAUUCAAGAUUAUAUUGCUCGCAACCCUCUCAGGAAUGGCGGCCCAAAGAAAUUGCCUACCUCGUGGAGCGACAUAGACAAGUGGCCUGGACUCGAGUUAUCGGCAGGAGGUACCGAGGUCAAAUUCACUGGCUCUACCAAGACCAGCGAUGAGGCUGCCGCUAUACGCAGUGAUCACCCCAUGCCGAAAGAGGUGGGCAUAUACUACUUUGAGGUCACUGUGUUGUCCCGAGGGAAAGAAGGUCUGAUAGGUAUCGGUUUUUCUGGUCCUAAGGCUAGUCUCAAUCGCUUGCCAGGAUGGGAGCCUGAGUCAUGGGCAUAUCAUGGCGACGACGGCUUCAGCUUCUCUUGCACUGCUAGUGGCAAGCCAUAUGGUCCCAAGUUUGCUGCUUGGGACGUCGUGGGUUGUGGUGUCAACUUCGAGACAGGCAGCGCCUUUUUCACCAAGAAUGGUGUCUUCUUAGGCGAAGCUUUUCACAACGUGAGGGGUGACAAAUUAUACCCAUCCGUGGGUAUGAAAAAGAAUAACGAACAUCUUCGAGUAAACUUCGGUGAUGCUCCGUUCGUGUUUGAUAUCGACUCUCUGAUCGAGAAUCAAAGAAACAGAGUGAAAGCAGACAUCAACAAGACAUCAGCAGACACAUUAGAAACUGCUCGUGAUGAGACAAUGUUGGUGCAGGAGCUUGUGGCGCAAUACCUCGCUCAUGAUGGCUAUGUCGAGACUGCUCGAGCCUUUAACCGCGAAGUUCGAGAUGAGCGAAAACCAUUGAACAUGGACUCUGAUGGCGUGGAAUUGUUCGAUCCUUCACAAGAUCUCCAUGCCAUUCAGCGACAAAGUAUACGUUCAGCCAUCCUGGAAGGAGAAAUCGACAAGGCCUUGAAAUACAUAAGCACAUACUACCCUCAUGUUCUGGAGCGGGAAGAGAACAGAGAUGUCUACUUCAAGCUUCGUUGUCGGAAGUUUAUCGAGAUGAUCUGUCGAGUUAACGACCUUUCGACCAAGGACCCAUUGCAGAUCGCACCCAAAGCAGCUGGCAAGCUACCUUCAAAACUGGCCGAAUCCAAUGGCACGACAUUUGAUCAACAAAUGGAGCUCGAUGACCAACUACACCGAGAAUCACACGCGCCAAUUAUCCCGCCAAUGCCCGUUCCAUCGCCUUUCAACCCCGGCCUCCGCUUCGGUGACGGUGCUAAUGGCGACAGUACGAACGGUGACGGCGCGAACGGUGAUGAUGGGAAAGACGACAAAAUGGAUACAGGGCCCGACAAUUAUCAGCUGAUGUCCUCGUCCACGGAUAGCGAGCAACUACUUGUGGACGCACUCGAGUUUGGUCAAGAGCUAAAGGCUGAAUUUAACGAUGAUCCUCGCCCUGAUGUGAAAAAAGCCCUAGACGACACCUUUGCUCUGAUCGCUUACCAAGAUGCUCGAGAGUCUGUUGUAGGUGGGCUGAUGGAAGGCAAGGGUCGGGUAGAGAUUGCCGAAGAGGUCAACAGCGCAAUACUAGUGUCACUCGGCAAGCCAUCAUCCGCUGCAUUAGAAAAGGUCGUGGCGCAAGCUGAAGUCCUGGUAGACAUGCUGAGUUCGGAAGGCGGAGCUGGCGCAUUUGUCAAUGUAAGAAGGGAUUGCCUACAAUGA